AUGAGUAUAACAGUGGAUAAUGUGAGUGCCAAUGACACUGGAGUUGAUUACUUGAGGAAGCAGCUGCAGAAAACCAACAUUGCCAAGGGCAAGUUUGUGCAUAUGAGGUGUGCAACUCACAUUGUGAAUCUGAUUGUAAGAGAUGGUUUGCAAGAAGUUGACCUAUCUAUUAAGCGUGUUAAGGCUACUAUUAGGUAUAUAAAAAAUGGGACAUCAAGAUUGGUCAAGUUUAAAGAAAUUGAUGAGGAAGAGAAAAAAGUGUUUUUAAAGUUAGCUGAAGAUGACCCUAAUUAUGUUAUUGACUUGUCUGAAGCAAGAGAUGGUCUUGGGCAUCCAGAUGAAGAUGAUUGGGAAAAUGCAAAGAAAAUGGCACAAUUUCUACAACAUUUUUAUGACCUUACUGUCCGUAUCUCUUCUUCCCUCCAAGUUACUAGUAACACUUUCUUCCAUGAGAUUAGAGAAGGAGUUUGGCACACCAACAACAAGGACAACGAGAAAGGGCAGCAGCAAGAGCAAGAUAGGGAUAAAGGGCAAAGAAAGGGCAAGGGGAAGGACAAGGACAAGGAGAAAGAGAACAUCAACUUACUGAUAUUUGUGGCUGCAUUCCUUGAUCCAAGGUACUUAUCUUUGUACACAAUAAUUACUGUUGAAGAGAUAUUUGGUGAGGAAAGAGGUCAAUUGGUUUGGGCAGCGAUAAAUACUUGUGUGACAGUGUUGUUUGAAGAAUACAGGAACAUGUAUGCUCCAAGUGAAGAAACAACUCCAGUAGUUGAUGAUGAUAAAUCUAAGAGAGUAGCAGGAGGAAUGCUUAAAAACAAAAUUGCCAAGAAGAUGAAGUUAAAUAACUGUUCUACUAGCACCAACAAAUCUGAACUUGAGAAAUAUCUUGCUGAAGAAACAGAAUACAUAGACUCAAAAAUGGACAUGCUUGCUUGGUGGAAAGUCAAUUAA